CUGAAAUUCAUUCAAGAAAAUGUCAUGUAAUAAUAACAAAGGCUCUCUACAGCAAAAGUUAGAAUCAAUGGCUGAGAGUAAAUACAAGCCCCAUGCUAUUAUGAUAUCAGUCCCAUACCAAGGCCAUAUCAACCCCUUUGCCAGCCUUGCUCUCAAGCUUGCUUCAAGUGGCUUCUCCGUCACUUUCGUUCAUUACGAAUUUCUUCAUCAAAAACUACCGAAACUCGAUUUAUUCUCCGAAGCUCGUGAAUCAGGUCUUGACAUACGUUACACAACAAUUAAAGACGGGUUUCCUUCCGAAUUCGAUCGAGGUCUCCACCUCGAGGAGCACUGGGAAUCCAUAUCGCUCGAUCGUUCAGGUACGAUCGAUGAAUUUGUCGGAAAGACGAUCCAAUCCGAUCCAGAUUCGGUCCAUUUCUUGAUUGCAGACACUAUUACUGCAUGGCCUGCAAUAAUUGCCAACAAGUACAACCUUAUCAAUGUCUCGUUCUGGACUCAACCAGCUUUAGUAUUUUCGAUGAACUAUCACUUGGAUCUUCUACGAGAAAAGGGCCAUUUUCCAUGGAAAGGUAAUACUGCAGAGGAAAUAGAUUAUAUUCCAGGAGUAGAGUCAUUAAGCACAAGGGACUUGAUACAUUAUCUUACCAAAACAGAAUCGGAGAGUGUCAUCACAAGAAUUUCGUCACUGGCAUUCGAGCGAGUAAAGAAGGCGGAUUUUAUCCUACACAACACUGUUCAAGAAUUAGAAUCCGGGACAAUAUCGGUUCUAAGCAAAUACCAACCAAAUUACGCGAUUGGCCCUGUUAAUUUCUCCAAGAAUCUUCCUAAAAGCAUUGCCAACAAGAGUUUCUUGUCUGAAUCGGACUGCACCAGCUGGCUCGAAUCCAAACCAACUGGCUCGGUUCUGUACGUCUCGUUUGGGACCCUUGUUCAGAUCAAUAAGCAGGUGAUUGAAGAACUAGCUUACGGGCUUCUACUCAGUGAAGUGAACUUCAUUUGGGUUGUUCGACCAGGUAUCGUUGGGUUUGGCGAUGGUAAUAUUUUACCGAUUGGAUUCGAGGAUAAAAUUAAGGAUAAAGGGUUGAUUAUUCAGUGGUGUGAUCAGGUUAAGGUUCUUUCGAAUCCGGCCGUUGGAGGGUUCUUGACUCAUAACGGCUGGAAUUCUACGGUGGAGAGCAUGUGGUUUGGUGUUCCGAUGAUUUCUUAUCCUAUAGACUAUGAACAACCCACUAAUCGGAAAUUAGUGGUUGAUGAUUGGAAGAUUGGGAUUAAUUUUUGCGAUUACGGAACAUCUGUCGAUAGGAAACAAGUGGUUGAGAAGAUUAAGCACUUAAUGAAUGGAAAUAGUUCUACGAGCCUGAGGCAAGAAGCAGAUAAGGUGAAGGGAAUUUUACAGAAGGCAGUCGAAAUUGAUGGAUCGUCCGAGAGAAACUUUGCUCAAUUUAUUGAGGAUUUGAGGGCCAAAAUUCACGAAACAGCUUUAAAUACGAAUUAGUAUUUCCUGAUUAUUUUUCUUGUUGAUUAUUCCGAAAUUUCAAAUAUUAAAAAUGUCCUAG